CUCUUCUCUAUAUAUAGAUGCAUCUUUGGCAGCAGGUUAUGGACAGAACACUUAACCGAUUCUUGAUUCUUUCCAUCCAUCGAUCUCUUCUUUUCUUCCCGAAUCAAUCAGCUGAGCUAGAGGUCGAUCGAUAUCGACAUGGCCGGCGCUGCACAGGGCAAGCAGAGUAGAGAGGCCCAUGGUAACAACGAUAUCAGCGUCACCAAGGACUACCUCGACCCUCCGGCCGUGCGGCUGUUCGACGCCGGCGAGCUGGGCCAGUGGUCCCUGUACCGCGCCAUCAUCGCCGAGUUCACCGCCAGUCUGCUCUUCGUCUACGUCUCCAUCGCCACCGUGAUCGGCCACAAGCGCCAGACGGACGCGGAAGCGUGCAGCGGCGCCGGCGUGCUGGGCAUCGCGUGGGCCUUCGGCGGCAUGAUCGCCGUCCUCGUCUACUGCACCGCCGGCAUCUCCGGCGGCCACGUCAACCCCGCCGUGACGUUCGGGCUGCUGCUGGCGAGGAAGCUGUCGCUCCCCCGCGCCCUCCUCUACACGUCGGCGCAGUGCCUCGGCGCCAUCUGCGGCGCGGCGAUGGUCAGGGCCGUGCACGGCGCGCGGUACUACGAGCUCUACGGCGGCGGCGCCAACGAGGUCUCGCCGGGGUACUCCAAGGCGGGGGGGCUGCUGGCCGAGGCGGCCGGCACCUUCGUCCUCGUGUACACCGUGUUCUCGGCGACCGACCCGAAGCGCAUGGCGCGGGACACCCACGUGCCGGUGCUGGCGCCGCUGCUCAUCGGGUUCGCGGUGGUGGUGGCGCACCUGGCCACCAUCCCCGUCACCGGCACCGGGAUCAACCCGGCGAGGAGCCUGGGUGCCGCCGUGGUGUACAACAACAGCAAGGCGUGGAGCGAGCAGUGGAUCUUCUGGGUCGGCCCGUUCUCUGGCGCCGCCGUGGCCAUGGCGUACCACCAGUACAUCCUCAGGGGCGGUGCCGCCGCCAAGCCACACUUCAACUUCGACAAUGGAUUCCGACGCCUCGGCUGUUGAUUGGAGCCACACCAAGAGAUGAUGGUAAUCAAUCUGAGAGAGCUCUGAGGAUGUAAGAAACGACACCAGUACUGCUUUUCUGACUGGUUGAUUAAUGUUUUUUGAUACGCUGUAAAUUAAAUAAAUAAAUACUAUGAACAAGCAGUAACUACGCUUCGCUCUAUGAACAAGGAAAGCCAAAUUAAUGUAGGUAUUCAUGCAAAUUCAGAUGGUA